UUAACACACUAAUCACUAUAAUAGAGUCCUUCAGACCAUGGUGUGGGCUGUCGACAGAAGUCUGAGUGCAGGACACCCAGCCUGCCCCCAGAACAAGCAGUUCCCCAGGAAGGACCGUUUGUACCUAGUGACGGUUCUUCAAAGCGGACUUCAGGGUUUUACAAAAUGUUUCAGAUGGUUAAGCUCUAAUGAGGACAAACUGCACAGCUGCCCAUGCAGGCCUGGUAAUUGCACUGAGAUUACCUUGAGGAGUUGAACUCCUUCCAAGUGCCUCUGAUGUUUGGAUAAGUGCAGCUGUGUUGUGUGCUGAAGGGAAAAUGUUUGGCAAAAGCAGAGAGUGAGGAGUGAAGUUAAUGAUUAUCCCCUUGCAUCCUGGGACCCAUGCUCCUGCUCUGCCCCAGCCAGAGGGGUGGAGGCUCACAAGGCAGCAUGGUCCCACUCUUUCCUUUGGCUGUGAUUGUGGGUCUGCUUAGUCUGACAGGCCCUGCCAGGAGCCCAAAGACCGAGCCCCUGAGUGGCUCCAGUGAGCAGCCUCUCUUCCGUGGAGCUGAUCGCUAUGACUUCGCCAUUGUUGUCCCUGCAGGUGGCACAGAGUGCUUCUGGCAGUUUGCACAUCAGAGCGGAUACUUCUACUUCAGCUAUGAGGUACAACGGACUUCAGGAAUUGGACAUGACAGACACGUCUUGGCCACUGCAAACGAUCCCAGCGGCCUCCAGAUGGGCACGUCCCAGGAUGUACGAGGACAGAUGAACUUCCCCACCAAAGAGACAGGUUUUUACCAGCUGUGCUUGAGCAAUCGGCUCAACCACUUCGGUGUUGUGCAGGUUUAUCUCAACUUUGGUGUGUUCUAUGAAGGCUUUGACCUACAAAACUCGCCAGACAUGGAAAGGAAGAAAAUGAAUGACACACUGGAGGCAAUUGAGGAGAGCACCCGCAAACUGCAGGCCCACGUCUUCCACAUGUGGCGCUUUUAUAACUUUGCCCGGAUGAGGAAAGCGGCUGACUAUUUCAUCCUUCAGUCCAACUAUAACUACGUGAACUGGUGGUCACUGGCUCAGAGCCUCGUCAUUGUCCUCUCGGGUGUCCUGCAGCUGUAUUUCCUAAAGCGGCUCUUCAAUGUGCAGCCCACUACUGCCACCAACAAACCGAGGUGCUAAGGCCUCUGGCUUACACCACUGCUGGACCCAAGCAGCAGGAAGGACCAAAGGACAGGCCCGUAACACUGCAGAGCACACUGAACUCCAUCUCAUCCUUUCUCCCCUCCGCCUCCAUGGAAGAAUGGGAGAUCCUACCUGUGGAAGGAGCUGGACUGGGGAAUUUUUUCAGGUACAGAAUUCCCCUCAAUGCCCUAGCGUCCAGCUGGCUCUUUAUCUUAUCUUUAUUCUCUACUCGGCCUGUAGCACAAGACCCAUUUUGGGGGGAGGGAGAGGGGAUGGUUCACUGUUGGUUUAGGCCUAACCUGCCCAAUGGUCUAAUAGUGAAAUGGCUUGAAAAGCUGUUCACAUAUUAUAAAUAAAAGAAACAGUUCACACUGCGCAAGCACUGUCCUGUCUGAAGCCACCAUCCUCUAGGAACCAGGGCUGCUCCCUGGCACGGAAGCCACUGCUACAGCACCCACCUACACGGCUUCUGAUUUGCCCCGGGGGUGUGGUCAUGGUGUCCUCCAGUCGCACAACCCUGUCAGCUCCCCCUCUCACUGUACUUGGGUCUCUGUUGGGGAACAAGGCAGAAACAAUCCUGGGGGUGGGGAGGAAUCACUUUGUUCCUGUUGACUGAAACAGCCGUGUUCACCUCCGUCUCCUGCUACACAGAACUUCCAGCUUGCCCUAGCACCCAUGGAGGGAGUAGGUGGCUGCAUUAAGGUGAUCUACCCCCCUCCGCAGCUACUACUGAGAAAACUGCCUUUAGUCUGAGUGUAAGAGCUGUUCCUGGGCAGGGCUUAGGACCAAGUAGCUGAGUUCUUUCACUAGGCCACACCAACAUGGUUUUUAUUAGAUAGAAAACAAGUUUUAUGUAAUCCCUGUCUCCUUCAGGCUGGGACAGGCACUCCUCAGAGCUCACAAUAGUUAUGACUAAGUCACAGGUAGACUGGUCUGUAAUCCUCCACAGCAGCCUGCAAAGCCCCAUCCCAGGAGAGCUCCCUGCUGCUGCUUUGAGUUCUGAUUUCACAACACGCUUCAUUGCCAUGUGCAGCUGAGUCCUCAGAGCCUUGUGCUGCUGGCUGCCCUUUA